AUGGGUGAGAACGUCAAUUUUCAGGGUGCCGAGGACUGGCUGGAGAAGAAUGGAGUUGAAGUGAUCAAUUUAAAGAGCGAAGAAUGUGAAAAAUUGAUGGCCAAGUUUAUUAAAGAGCGGCCUGGAGAUUGUUCCAAACGCGCCAAGACACCCAGACACAAGGCGAACUAUACUCUGUACAUUAAGAAUCUCAAUGAUAAACUUCCUGCUGCAAAACUAAAACAAAACCUCUACAUUCUCUUUAGUACUUAUGGAGACGUGAUAGCCAUUAAUUGCACUAAUCGAGGGAAGUUCAGAGGACAGGCCUGGGUCGCACUGAGCUCGAUCGAAGAAGCCCAGGCAGCCUUAUCCAGCUUGAACGGCCAGCUGUUUUUUGGAAAACAGCUGGUGAUACAAUACAGCAAUACCAAGAGCCAUAUUAUAGAACAGCUCGAACAAGAUGAAAAUGUAUUAUAG